CACUGACCUUAGUCCGUCACGUGUGUUUUUCUGGAACACAGAAGUUGUCAGUAAGCGAAGAAGUUGUCAGUUUUUAUUGAAGACAAUGGGCCGUUUGGAUGGGAAAGUGAUAGUCCUUUCUGCAGCAGCACAAGGGAUUGGAAAAGCUUCUGCUAUCGCUUUUGCCAAGGAAGGUGCCCAAGUCACUGCUACAGAUAUCAAUGGAGAGAAGCUUAAAGAGCUGGAUGGCAUUCCAGGGAUCAAAACCAAAGUUGUUGACGUUACAAAGAAAGACCAAGUGGAAGCGCUGGCCAAGGACUUCGACUAUGUGGAUGUGCUGUUCAAUGUUGCUGGAUUUGUCCAUCAUGGCAGUAUACUGGAGUGUGAGGAAUCGGAUUGGGACUUCACUAUGAAUGUGAAUGUCCGUAGCAUGUACCUGAUGAUCAAGGCCUUCCUGCCUAAGAUGCUGCCUCGUAAAUCUGGUAAUAUCAUCAAUAUGGCAUCUGUGGCAUCUAGUAUUAAAGGAGUUGUGAACAGAUGUGUCUACAGCACGUCUAAAGCUGCCAUCAUUGGACUGACCAAAUCAGUGGCAGCUGAUUUCCUGGAACAAGGGAUCCGCUGCAAUUGUAUCUGCCCUGGAACUGUAGACACGCCUUCAUUACGACAGAGAAUUCAGGACAGACCUGAUCCAGAACAGGCUUUUAAAGACUUUAUGGCCAGACAGAAGACUGGUAGACUGUGCACUGCAGAAGAAGUUGCACAUCUGUGUGUGUACUUGGCCUCAGAUGAGUCUGCCUACGUAACAGGAACAGAAGCCAUCAUUGAUGGAGGAUGGAGACUCUGAGGAUAUGCUGUCACAAAGUUGCAGUGAUGCUGUGAUACAAUUGAUUGUACUGAAUAUGAGCUCUAAUCAUCAGCUUUAUUUUAAAGACAAGUAGCUUGGUUUAAAUCAGGGGUGUCCAACCCUGUUCCUGGAGAUCUACCUUCCUGCAGAGUUUAGUUCCAACCCUUAUCAAACACACCUGUGUGUAAUUAUCAAGUCCUCCUGCAGGUCCUAAUUAGUUGGUUCAAGUGUGUUUGAUCAGGGUGGGAGCUGAACUCUGCAGGAAGGUAGAUCACCAGGAACAGGGUUGAGCACCUCUGGUUUAAAUAAUUGGAAUAUGCCAAAUAUAAUAAGCAUUUUUGGCAAAUUAGUGUUUUCUAUUUUUUUCCUAUUUCUAAUUUCCAAUUCAUAAAGAAUAGUUUUUGAACUGACACGUAGCAUUAAAACUACUAUUCUAUGAGCUUUAAAA